CAUAAAUGUAGAAAAAAAAAAAAAACCUGCAAGAUGCUCUUUAAAUAUGGUGCCUGAUGAAUCACCAUGACAAAGCCAGUUACUUGCAAUAUAGUUACAAGUCUCAUCAGAAGUACUUUGUCUCUGGCCUGAGCUGGCAGAAAUCUCUCCUAUGUCAACCAAAUUCUGAAAAAUAUCUCACUUAAAUCUUUAUUGGCAAGAAUUUCAACAUUAAAUGAACCUUGUCACUCAGGGACAGAGGAGGAAAAUAAAAACACUGAUUGGGUGAACAGUCUGUGUUUGCCUCGGACAGACGUGUUCCCUUUGUUCUGACACUGUUGACACACAGACACUGAAUCAGCACAAACACUUCAGACAGAGUUCACAUCUUUUGAAACAUUUCUCCCAGCAAAGGGAUCAGAAGUCAAAAAUGCACUGAAUGUUGGAAUCCGGAAAACGCUCACUACACAGGGAGAGAAUCCUGCAGCAUCCUUCCCGGAUGGGAACCACUGCUUUAAUCUAUUCUCAAAAUAAUAUCAGCUGUCAUCGGUGGCUGGUUACUGUACACUGGAGAAUUACUUUCCCACUCUGGCUUGUUGGCUACCAUGUGACCAGUUGUUAGGAGAUUAAAAUAACAUGAGUCUUCCACUCAAUCCAACAAUGUAGAGUUGUUGACACUGUUCCUGUCUACUGUCAGUCCUAUCAGUCCUUGGUGUCUUCAAGGCCUCAAAACUGUGCUCUCAGCUGCUUUGGACACAGACUGUGUGCGUCUCAUUGCUCUGCUUCUCUCUGAAAGAUCCACAACCGUUAUGAAGGCAAAGAUAUCGUCAACCACAAGAGGAACCUGGUGAUCGCGGGUGGGGUUACUCUCUCUGUCAUCGUGUCUCCAGUGGUGGCUGCAGUCACUGUGGGAAUUGGAGUUCCCAUCAUGCUGGCGUACGUCUACGGUGUGGUGCCCAUCUCACUGUGCCGGAGCGGGGGGUGUGGAGUCUCCGCUGGGAAUGGCAAAGGAGUUCGCAUAGAAUUUGAUGACGAGAAUGACAUGAAUGUUGGCAGCGGGGCGGGGGCCACUGAUAGUACAUCAGUGGCAGACACCAGAAACAACCCCAGUAUAGGUGAAGGCAGUAUGGGGGGGCUGACGGGCAGCCUGAGUGCCAGCGGCAGCCACAUGGACCGUGUGGGGGCCACCAGGGACAGCCUGAGUGAGACGGCGUCCACCAGGGCCCUGGCCGGGGCCAGCAUCACCGGCAGCCUCUCCGGCAGCACCAUGGUGCACUACCUGAACAGGCUGGAGGUGCAGGCGGAUGUGCAGAAGGAGCGCUACAGUCUGAGCGGGGAGUCUGGCACCGUCAGCCUGGGCGCCAUCAGCGACAACGCCAGCACCAAGGCAAUGGCUGGAUCCAUUCUGAAUGCCUACAUGCCCCUGGACAGGUGGGCUGACCGGCGCUUUAGAUUUCAGGAAGCUGUCAGGAGAGAGAGGGCAUCAACAUGUGUGCGCUUUUCUGUAAUCGCUGUCUGAAAUAGGAGACAGUGAAAUAUCUAUAACUUGCAUACCUUUGAUCACACAACAUUAAUACAGAGUGAAUAUCACUGCUCACGUCAGUACUGAAGAAAGGCAUUCAACUAUUAAUAUUUGAAAUUGUAAGAUAGAAUAUUUAUGUGGGUUGGCUGUAUUUAAGAUGGGGAUCCAGUAUUUAUUAUAGAAGCAUUUCGUUUUUAGUGAUGUUACAACAA